AUGACCACCGCAUAUACCUUUUACAAAGAGCAUCGUAAUAUUUAUCAAUUGCAACCUCCAAGUCACUACAUAUUCCUGCCUAACUUUCUUAUCGAUAACGUGCAUACGGAGUACUUUAGCCGACAUCAGCCAGGCCCAGGAACACCCGACAAUUACCCGCCCAAGGUCCCCAAAAAAUCGUCCAACAAACUACGAGCCAAAACGGCCGUGGAAACAUCGCGUGCUAAAAUUCCCCAUACCACCGUCACCACAAUCGCCGCGAUGCUUCCCAGUCGAGCCAUUGCGCGCUCUGCGCCAUCAUUGGGGGCGCGGAGGCAACUCCAGAGUAGAUGGGCCCUCCCCGGUUUUAAGAACCCCUCGAGCGCCCUCUCACAAAGACUUAGGAACGAUCGUCAGUUCGGGACAUCCCCGCGACUCAACUUGUCUAGCUUGACAACGUCACCAUUCCGGAGCCGACAUGUCGCUCCGCCCAUCAUGCUGGGGGGCGUAUCCUCAUCUCGGCAGUUCUCACUCUGGGGCUACGGCAAGAAGAAGACGCCCGAGGAAGAACCCGCGGCCUCAAAGCCCGAGACCACCACAACCACAUCCGAGGCCGUCCGUCCCGUAGACCCAACCCCCGAAAACGACGUCCCCUCGCCGCCCACGGAACCCGCAGUCCCAGCGUCCGAAGUCGACCUCUCCUCAAUUUCCGACAUCGUCAACGGGCAGGACAUUCUCAACAUGUCCGAACAGAUCGGAUACCUGAAAGCCCUGGGCCUAGACUUCGGCACCGGUCCCACGUCUGUCAUGCAAUGGGCCCUCGAGCACGUCCACAUCUACAGCGGCCUCGGAUGGGGGGCUUCCAUCAUGGCCACGGCCGUCCUCCUGCGCUGCAUCAUGUUCUACCCGCAGAUCCGCAGUCUCAAGUUCAACGCCGUCAUGCAGAACCUGCGCAAGGACCCCCGUUCCCAAGAAGCCAUGAAGUUGGUCCAGCAGGGCUUCGCAAACCAGGACAACGAGAUGCGCCAGAAGGGCCAGUAUCUGAACAAGAUGCUCAAGGAGCAGUACGGCGUCAACAACUGGGGCAUGCUGUGGUCCUUUGGCCAGAUCCCGUUCACAUUUGGACUGUUCCGAAUCGUCAGCGGCAUGGCGAAUGUUCCCGUGCCGGCCAUGGAGACCGCCGGGUACCUGUGGUUCACCGACCUGACGGCCACCGACCCAUACUUCAUCCUCCCUGCCGCCGGUACCGCUCUCAUGGUUGGCGCUCUAGCCAUCAAUGCCAAGCACACCCCCGAAUCGCAAAAGAAGAUGCUCAAAACAAUGACCUACGUCUUCGGCGUCGUCGGCUUCAUCGGCACCACAUUCCUCUCCGCCGCCGUCAACCUCAUGACUGUUGCCCUCGGCGCAUCCACCCUCAUCACCGCCAUAGUCCUCAAUAACGCCCUCGUCCGACGAACCGUCGGCCUACCCCCGCACCCUACCGCCUCCUCAUCCACCGCCCCCCGGAAAACCACGUACGAGGCUCCCCGUGCCGCCAACGCCCCCGAACCUGGUCUCCGAGAACGCCUCGAAUCCAGCCUCAACGACAUGAAGAAGGGCAUGUCUGACCAAAUCACAAAUUAUACGGGAACGUAUAGCGGCACCGAUGAGGAAAAGGCUGAGAGGAAGCGAAAGGAGCUGAUGCGCAAGUUGGAGGAUACCCGCAAGCAGCAGGAACGUGAGGAAUUCGAGAAAAAGUACAAGGCGAAGAGAGGCUUUGGGGGAGAAUGUGGUGGCUCCGGCAGGACCCUCGGCCAAAUAGCCCUUUCGCGGACCAUCUAUUCGUAUGACUAA